AUGUCAGCAUCAGAAAAUCCAUAUACGUUAGAUCCCUUCGAUAACUUUUGCGCCAUCAGUGGGCACCAAACACUUUUCCUCGAUGGGAAGCUCUAUAUAACUCCGGGAUUUGCCCGUGUGUACAUUUCUCCUGGUGUCAAUCGCACGGCUUCAAGUCCCUGGAUUCGAGUGAUUGACCUUUCAAGCUCCUUCUCCUUGGACCAAACUAGAUCAGUCAGCAGCGUACUUCCCACGAGCAUUAUUCCUGUCGACAUCCCCAAUGUCCAAGUUCCUGCCUUUUGGUUCGAUUCUUUUUCUUCUUCUAUUAUCUACGCCCAAGGAGUCCCCACGGUCGAAGGAGGCGUUAUACGUGACCCCUCCCUCCGCUCAUUCGGCUCCCGUGGAAAAUCAUGGAUAGGCAACUAUGAUUCGCGAAAUCAAUCUUUUGCACCAUGGGAAGAGGUGGACACACCGUUCAAUGGGCAAAGAGGACUAGCGUCCUCAUUUCGAAAAGUGUUUGACCCAGUAAAAAGAAAAGGAUAUAUCUACGGCGGGUCUGUUCAGCCCGAUGAUGGGUCCACACGUACCCCUAACCGUCAGCUGUUAACAUAUGAUGCUGCAACAAUGAUCUGGACAAAUGGUACAACCGAACCUAGUGUUUUUGAUACCCUUGGUACAGCUAUUCCGUAUCGGGCUCCACGAGGUGAGCUUCUCAGCUUGAUAUUCGGGGGCCGCCUCAACGACACACAACUUGAUAUGGAUACCAUAUAUAUCCACGAUACUAAAUCAAAUACUUGGCAUCGACAGCGUACUAACGGGCCAAUGCCAAACGGCCGCCAACAUUUCUGUGCCACGCCAAUAACCUCUGCAGAUAACAGCAGUACACAGGUUCUUGUCUACGGCGGUUUUGCAUCUGGCUCUAGAGCCUAUACCGAUAUCUUUGCUCUUUCACUCCCUUCAUUUACGUGGACAAGAAUUGAAGCUUCAUCACCGGAUUCCCUCCCCGGCCCUAGUUCCAGGCUACAACCAACUUGCAAUAUCAUAAAUAAUCAUAUACUGGCAGUAUUUGGAGGGAGAAACCUCGCUGGUGGAGAUACUGCCCGCUGCGACAAUAAUCAGAAUGCCCUUUUUAUGUAUGACCUUAAUGAAAGAGAAUGGAUUAUGAAUUAUAAUGCCAGCAAUAAGGCGGUCUACAGGGUACCCGAAGAUGUCUAUAAAACUAUUGGUGGAAAUGAGUUUGGAGGUGCCACCCUAAACGCUCCUCCCAACGGCUUUGAUACUCCACAAUUGGCAGAGUUGUUUGGCGCUGAGGCCUCACCAACACCCCCAGUCGAAUCUGGUACGCCCGAAACAGGUUCCUCCAAAACGAAUCGGCGUUCUCUAAAUAUCGGUGCUAUAGCGGGUGGUAUCGUUGGUGGCAUAAUAAUAAUCGCUGCUAUCGUUAUUGUAUACUUAUGGAGACGUAGAAGGUCAAACCUUCAGCUAUACGAUUCCUCGUCUGAUGGGCUACCGCCUAGACCUGGGAUUCAAGAAGAGCCUCAUAAUGGAGUUGAAGAUGAACCCUUACCAAUAGCAGAAGGAAAUCAGCAGCGCUCUACAAUUAUUUAG